UGUUAAUAAAGACUUGUAUGAUGAAACAUGUUUAGUGUCUAAUAAAAAUUUCUUCGCUUUGUUAAAUUAUUAUGGCGAAAUAUUCACAGCCUGAUGAUUGUGAAAAUUCUGAUACUUCAUUACAAAACAAACCCAACUUAAAGGGUGAUUGGAAGAAUAUAUAUUUAUUAAUUUUGUUAUAUACACUUCAAGGCGUACCUGUAGGUUUUUUAUCGGCGAUGCCAAUUAUUUUGAAAAAUCACAGAAAUACAACGUAUGAAGAUCAGGCUGUAUUUAGUAUUGCAAAUUGGCCCUUCAGUAUGAAACUUAUAUGGGCUCCAAUAGUUGAUUCUUUAUACAUAAAAAAAUUUGGAAGAAGGAAAUCAUGGUUGAUACCAGUUCAAUUAUUACUAGGGGCAAUUCUUCUAUUAACGGCGUUCAAUAUUAAUAAUUGGAUGUACGAAAAAGAAAAACCUCAAAUUGAUAUACUGACAGUCAUAUUUUUCAUUGUAAACAUUCUAGCGGCUACGCAAGAUGUUGCUGUAGAUGGAUGGGCUUUGACGUUGCUAAAAAAAGAAAAUGUAGGUUAUGCAUCGACGUGCAAUUCAUCGGGACAAUCUUUAGGAAGUUUUUUAGGAUUUGUUGUAACAAUUCUUUUGAGUUCUGAAAACUUUUGCAAUAAUUACUUACGAACUACGCCAAUAAAAGGAGGAAUAGUUUCUCUUAAAAACUUUUUAUAUUUUUGGGGUGUUAUAUUUAUUUUGUUAACUACACUUAUUGGAUUUUUGAAAAAAGAAGUUUCUAACUCAACUAUUGAACAAAAUACUAAAAAGUUAAAUGUAUGUCAAACAUAUAAAAUCCUAUGGAAUAUCCUAAAACUACCAAGUAUUUUAACAUUGAUCCCUGCGCUACUUACGAUUCGGGUUGGUUUUGCAGCUUCAAAUAACGUUGCAACUUUAAAAUUGUUAGAUGGAGGAUUAUCCACUGAUGAUUUAAUGAUUGUUACUUUAGCACUAUAUCCCGCUAAAAUACUAGUUCCUAUUAUAGUUUCAAAAUAUACUUCAGGCCCUAAACCUAUAAGUACUUUGUUAAAUGUUUAUCCUUAUAGGCUUUCUUGUAGUUUAUUAUCCGCUAUUUUGGUUUAUUUAACCCCGAAAUUUAUCAUGACUGACAAUGGUACUAAAACAACACCUUUAAUAUAUUAUGUGUUUUUGGGUAUUACGAUGUUUGUUAAAGAGAUUUUAAUUUAUUGUAUAUUUGUCGCAUUUAUGGCUUUUUUUUCGAAAAUAAGCGAUCCUCGAUUUGGAGGAACGUACAUGACGCUAUUAAAUACUGUUACAAAUUUGGGUAGUUCUUGGACAACCACAGCAUCUCUUAGUAUGGUCGAUUGGCUUACUUUUAAAAAUUGUUCGAAUGAUUUAAAAAACAAUUGUUCGACGGAAGAUCUCAUUAAGGCUUGUAAAACUUGUGGAGGUAGUUGUUCUAUUAAAAUUGAUGGUUUCUAUAUUGAAGUAAUGGUUUGUUUAGUUUUGGGAAUUAUAUGGUAUGUGUUUUAUAAUAAGAAACUACGAAAUUUGCAAACAAAAGGACACAACUACUGGUCGGUAACUACGGAAGAUUUUCAAUUAGACAAUUUCUAAAAAUUACAAUCAAGCACUAUAAAAUGAUAUAUAUAUAUAUAUAUAUAUUAUUAGUAAUUUUAGUUAAAGAAAAAAAUUGUAUUUUAUUUUUAUAAACAAAACAAAUAGUUGUGUUUUUUUUUUAAUAAUAUUUGUUAAGAUGAUUCUUUCUGUUAGAUUUAAUUAUAAUCUAAUAUCUAUUAUUAUUUAUUUAUUUUUAUAUGCAAUGAAAUCGAAAUUCAUUUAUAAUUCAUUAAAUAGAUCAAUGGUUGAA